GCCGGACUGGUUUCUAUUCUCUUUCUUUACCUAAUAUACCAACAUCUACUACAAUAUUAACAAAAAUGGAUAAAACCACGAUCGUUUCGUCGCUCGCUUCUAUCGCCAUAUUUAUCCAUAUCAUCUUCAACUUCAUCCUAUCCGCCACAUCGUAUGUUAUUCUAUUAAAUAUUGUAAAAAGGGGUUGCUAAUUGAAAUCUAUAGCCCGGCAUCAUUAUUCCAGGGACUGCCGUCCUCCCAGUCCCAAACAUCCACACCUCCACCAACACCGAGGGAGUCCACGACACACCCCAUCCCCCCCCCACAUCCCAGCCUCGAGUAAGUGUUUAUCAUAUUUUCGAAUGAGCCCGAAUACCUUCCAAGUAUCUAUAUACUAAUUGAUAUUGGGUUAAGACAGCCUCGAAGUGGAGGGGCCAAUUGGACACAACCGGGGCCGAGGAGGGAAAGGGGGUGGGGAGUGGAGGACCGGGUGUUGGUGGAGGAUGUGGUAAAGCAAUGUUUGGCUAUGAGAAAAAAUAUUGUUUUUGCUUUUUUGUCUGCAUUUUAUGCAUAUGCCUGGUGAUCCUUACAUGUUAUUAAUUUACCUGUUGAAGUUUACUUUGAAGGGUGAUGCUAAGACCAUUGUGAGGAAUAUCCCGAAUGCCUUCCGAAUAUCUGUAUAUACUAAUCAAAACACGAUCAGUCAUAUGGGGUGUCAGAGAUCCAAUAAUCUCGCCGAAGUCUUGGGAACUAUAUUAGCAGGCUCAAUGAUUAGCGUAGAUGGUUGCAACAUCAAGCAACCCGGGACUAGAGACGCGGAUACUGUGCCCGAUAGCGAAUUUGAGGUUGGGAAGAAGUACAUACGUCUUUGCAGGAACCCUGUGGCUUGUAGAGAAUCUCAAGCACUCGCUUAACAACAGUGUUGGUUAAGGAGCUAAGAUUGAGCUCCGCUAUAUACCUCCUAGAUAUAGGUAGUUUAGAGAACGCCUUAUAAUACUUAGCUUAGCUGGUUAUGUAUUAUGUAAUACAAUAAGCCAAGUUGGUAUCUUACUUUCAACAACAGCAUCCACUAGGUCAGUUAAAUCUACAAUGCACUUUCGUAAUACAGACCAGUCC